UGAGAUGGCAGAAAGGAGGAGCCGCGCCUGAGGCCCGGAGGUGGGCGGAGCCCAGCGAAGAAGAGGCGCGACUGGCGCUGCCAGGGCCCGGACCGCGGUCGGUGGCCCUGUUCAGCCCGGAGACAGGGCAAGUGGACAAGCGGAGCGGCCGAAGCGAGUGGGAGACCGCGAAAACCCACGAGACGCGGGGCUGAUCCCGCUGCGGGUGGCGGGGAGUGCGGUCCUCCUGUUUCAGCGCCAGCAGGGCUCCUCUGAUGAUGAUAUACAAAGAAAGGAUCCUUUGAGCCGGGGCCCCCAUGACAUCUAAAGACAAAGACAUGGUGUCCUUGCCGGUUUCUCCCUGGGAUGCCAUCCUUAAGGCUGCCAAAGACCAGCUGCCAUCCCUGGAUUCAGACUCCUCCCCGUCUGACUGUGAGGAAGAAGAACCCUUCAUCUUUCAACGAAACCAGCCUGUCCUGAUUCCAGACCUGGCUGAGGAGCUGGCUGAAGACCCUUUUGGUAUUGAAUCUGGGACCUGGAUUGCUGUAGGGAGGAGUUCUUCACCUGAGCCACUUCUGAUUCCUGAGAGACUAGCCAUAGAACCCAGAAGUGGACAGAAGGUAAGACAGGAGGACUUGGCCCCUCAGGAAAGAGGAGGCCCUGGCUGGUCUCACCAGAGCUGUGUCAAAAUCAGCCCUGUUCUUGUGAAGGCUGAGGAGGACCCACCCUGGCUGGAAGGCAACCUUAGAAGCCUGUCUUACCCCAAAGGACCCCAGAGUCCCCCAUGGACUUCCCAGGGAGAAGAGGCCACCUUUCCUUUGGAAGGAAAGCUGAAGAUAGAGCCCACAAGUACUGACUUUAGAAACUCUACAAAGCUCCAAGCCCUCCGCAGGGAGAGGAAGAGGAUGAUAGAGAAGGAUAUCCUUCAGAAAGUGACCCAGACUGCCCAGAACCCAGCCUGUGGAGACCAGGGCCAGGCUGCAGAGUCAGGACCCCGGCCAGAAGCCUCCUCAGAGCAGCCUCGGGAAGGAUGUCCAGUGCUCUCACUCCAGCAACUGGAAGACUGGGAUUUGGAUUACAUCCUUCAGAGCCUGCCAGGGCGACAAGACAGCCAGGGUGACAGUGCUCCCAGAACUGCAUGGUGGUUAGCUGAACGCUACCAAAACCAAGGGCAUACCAGUGGACUAUCCCAGGACACAAUCCUGGAGCAGCUGGCCCUCCUGUGUGCCACUCAGUCCAGAGUCUGCAACCAUACCUGGAAGGUACCUGUUGACAAGCCCCAAGACCCAGAAGAACAGGAAGCCAGAAGCAGAAAUGCUUGGGCAGAGAGCAGGAGGCUGAAGACAGAGCCUCCCACCAUCUUCCUUGACCUACGGCAGACGGAGCCGUCAGAACCACAAGCGCGCCAGUCCCGGGAGAGCCCUGAACACAGCUCCUCUGACAGCGAGGAGGCAGAUGUGGAGACAGCAGGCCCAGGGCAGGGGCCAUCCUCCCAAGAACGGAGGGACUGUACUGGGAAGAGCCAGCUUCUCCAGCAGCUGAGGGCGUUUCGGAAGGGGGCUGUUCCAUCCCAUCGGUCCACCAGUGACAGUCCUAGAGGCCAGAAGGCUCAGGCCCCAGAAGAUACAGGAUCCCACACUAGGAGGAAGAAACACAUAAAACUCUGGGCUGGGAAGCAGAAAGCCCUGGAUCUAGGGGACCCUCUUGGGACACAGCCCGCCAGAGAGGUGCUGCUACCUGCUACGGGCCAGCUAUAUUCAACUCAGGUAAAGGACCUGAAAAGCAGGUCGGGUGGCAGAUUUCCAUCCACACAGCCCUGGUGCUCCCUCUAUAGUCAGCCUCUGGAGGCUGAGACCCUCGCUCUGGACCCCACCCAGCCAAUUUAAACAUAUGUAAACUUUUUUGUUGUGGUGGCAUUGGGAACUGUAUCCAGGAUACUACCAGAAGUUCCAACACCAGAAGUCACUCUGUGUGAAAUGCAGUGGUACCCACUCUCCCUCCCUGGUAUCCAGUGAAAGCUGUGUGACCAGCCAAGGCCUGACCCCCACAGGGAACACCUGAACUUCCUCUACCUGGUUACUUGCAAGCUUGCCCCCCUCCCCCAUCUCACCCCCAGACUCCAUCUUUAGGGUCUUUUGUACCUGCUUUCUCAGCCCCUUUGAUUUCAUGCCACCUCAUCUCUCCUGAGUCUUCCCCACCUGUUCUGUGGAUGAGCAGAGAAACCACUACCAAGGCAGGGCUUGGGUGGCAUGGCAGAGUUCAAGUCACAGGGCAGGAUACUUGGCAUCUGACAAAUGUUUUAGCAGUCAGCUGUGGUGGUGGUGGGAGUUGUCACUGCCAGCUGCCCUGCUGCUGAAGAUAGGCAAGGAUCUUAGUGUCAAGUCCUGAGCCACACAAAGGACAGACAGGUCCUAUGGCAGGAUCACAAACGGAUCACUGUUGUCACUGGUAGCCAGCAUCAAGCCCACAGUAUCCUGACCCACAGACCCUGUCUGAUAUGGCCGUAGGGACUGCACCAUUAAUCCCAACCCCAAGACAUAUCCUUUAGAAGCCGCGUGCAAGUCAGGCCUCCCCCAAGGCCACAGGCAGCCUCCCUGUGCGGGGCAGGCUGCCCUGUCCAAGUGCAAAGGUGCCUUGCUUGAACUCCAGGGCAGCAUGGCUCCCCGCUCUGCCCAGCAGCUUCUGCUUCAGCCACUUAGCCAUCAAGAACAAAAGUGCCUCACUGUUCCUAACCCUGCUUUCUCCCAGCCCCACCCCACUUGAUGUUAGAAAACCCGCUGGGAAUGAAUCCUAGUGAUAGGAAAUAAAUUCUGCUGCAAUUCCA